ACCACUCAGACCAGAGAGUCAAGAGUAGAGAGAGAGAGAGAGAGAGAGAGAGAGAGAGAGCGAGAGGAAAUGGGGGAUUUAUAUGCUUUGGAUUUUGAUGGAGUUUUGUGUGAUAGCUGUGGAGAGAGCUCUCUCUCUGCUGUGAAGGCUGCUAAAGUGAGAUGGCCAAGUCUAUUCAACGGUGUGGAUUCAACUUUGGAGGAUUGGGUUGUUGAGCAGAUGCACAUAGUGAGGCCUGUGGUGGAAACUGGAUAUGAGAAUCUAUUGCUUGUGAGGUUGCUGCUGGAGGCGAGAAUCCCUUCUAUACGAAAGUCAUCGGUCGCCGAAGGGAUUACAGUGGAGGGGAUAUUGGAGAAGUGGUCAGAGCUGAAGCCUGUGAUUAUGGAAGAGUGGGGUGAGGAGAGGGAUGCUCUUAUUAAUCUUUUUGGUAAGGUCAGGGAUGAGUGGAUGGAUGAGGACCUAACAACUUGGAUUGGUGCAAAUAGAUUAUAUCCAGGUGUUCCUGAUGCUCUAAAAUUUGCAAGCUCAACCAUAUACAUUGUCACCACAAAACAGAGCCGAUUUGCUGAUGCUUUACUGCGAAAACUUGCUGGAGUUACAAUACCGCCUGAAAGAAUAUUUGGUCUUGGAAGUGGUCCCAAGGUAGAAGUAUUGAAGCAGCUUCAAAAGAAACCAGAACAUCAGGGGCUGAAACUGCACUUUGUCGAAGAUCGACUGGCAACCCUAAAGAAUGUGAUCAAAGAACCUGAAUUGGAUGGUUGGAAUUUGUAUCUAGGGGAUUGGGGGUACAAUACACAGAAGGAGAGGGAGGAGGCAGCUACAAUUCCCAGGAUUCGGAUCCUUGAGCUUCCUGACUUCAGUGACUAACUGGGAUAUCCCGCACAGAUGAGAAAAUGGUAAAUAGAUGGCCUACUCUUGAGCAGUUUUUAUGCACUGGUUCCAUUAAAAUAAAUAGAUAAAAACAGAAUCUCGAUAAAUAAUCAUGUCUACAAUUGUCAUUUCGCAUAUCCGUCGGCUUCAUCAGCAGCCUAAAAUCAACUUGAAUGGUAAUACAUGAAUAUUCGGAGUGGAGGUUGCUACGGAGUUACAAAAAUGGUCAUUAUAUUGCAUGUCAGAAAAUUUAUAAGUAUAGCUACAGUUCCUCUUUCAAAUGCCUAUUGCUCUCUGCUGGACUCUCAUUCUCCACUCACUUUUUCUCAUUCUGGAGCUUCUCAACAACUUCCUCCAAAGCUGGAUCUCCAGGUCUUCGAAAAACUUGAUCGCCAAACUUUAUUUCAUAGGCCUCGGGUUGAUAUCAAGGUAUCUUUCCUUUCAUUUAGAUUUCGACUUCUCUGCCUUCUCCUCACCCUCCUCAUGGCGGUAGUUGUCACGAUCGGUUCAAAUCUAAAGCCAAAGCACCCACCAGUGCAAAUUGUGGUACAUUCUUUACAUAUUUUUCCCGUAAACUGUUUCUGCUGUUCUGUUUGUAUAGUUCCUUCUGAAGCUUCACUUCUGCAAUUUUCAUCCGUCGCAAAGCACAUCUCAUAAUAAGCGCUGUCUCUUGCAAUUGGCUCCAUCAUUGAAACCUUGAUUCUAAAGAAGCGUAAUUUCUUUUUCUUUUUUUACAUGUCAUGACUUUUGAUGAAUUAGUGCACAAGUUGUUCAAAUUAAUUUCCAAGUGUUGUUAUUAAUACGUACAUGUCUUUUUGUAUAAAUAGAAAAGCUAGCGCCGCGAGCAAUAUCCUCUCCCCUG